GCGCGCGUGCCGGCGCCCCGCGCCCUGUCUCGGCGGAAGUGUUCGCUGCACCCCAGGUCGGCGGGACGUGGCUGUCUGUAACCAACAUGUCUGGGUGGGAGUCUUAUUACAAAAACGAGGACGAUGACGAAGAAGAAGAACAAGAGGAGGGCCUCGAAGCAGGUGGAGACUAUAAAUUCUCAGGAAGAGAUAGCUUGAUUUUUUUGGUUGAUGCUUCAAGGGCUAUGUUUGACUCUCAGGGUGAAAAUGAAUUGACUCCUUUUGACAUGAGCAUCCAGUGUAUCCAGAACGUGUACACCAAUAAGAUCAUAAGCAGUGAUCGAGAUCUCUUGGCAGUGGUGUUCUAUGGUACCGAGAAGGACAAAAAUUCUGUGAAUUUCAAAAAUAUUUAUGUCUUGCAGGAGUUGGACGUUCCAGGUGCUAAGCGAGUGCUAGAGCUUGACCAGUUUAAGGGGCAGCAGGGAAAAAAGCAUUUCCAAAAGCUACUUGGCCAUGGAUCCGACUAUUCACUGAGUGAGGUGCUGUGGGUCUGUGCCAACCUCUUUAGCAAUGUCCAGUUCAAGAUGAGCCACAAGCGGAUCAUGCUGUUCACCAACGAGGACGACCCCCACGGCAGUGACAGUGCCAAAGCCAGCCGGGCCAGGACCAAGGCCGGGGAUCUCCGAGACACAGGUAUCUGCCUUGACUUGAUGCACCUGAAGAAAGAUGGGGGCUUUGACAUCUCCUUGUUCUACAGAGAUAUCAUCAGCAUGGCAGAGGAUGAGGACCUUGGGGUUCACUUUGAGGAAUCGGCCAGGCUGGAGGACCUGCUAAGGAAGGUUCGCUCUAAGGAGACCAGGAAGCGCGUGCUCUGCAGGUUGAAGCUGAAGCUCAACAAAGACAUAGCACUCACUGUUGGCAUUUACAACAUGGUCCAGAAAGCUUUCAGACCUCCUCCAGUGAAGCUGUAUCGGGAGACAAAUGAACCAGUGAAAACCAAGACUCGAACGUUUAAUGUAAAUACAGGCAGUUUGCUUCUGCCCAGUGACACCAAGAGGUCCCAGAUCUAUGGGAACCGGCAGAUUGUGCUUGAGAAAGAAGAAACAGAACAGCUGAGACGGUUUUACGAACCAGGUUUGCUUCUCAUCGGGUUCAAGCCCUUGGUAAUGCUGAAGCAGCACCAAUACCUGAGGCCCUCCCUGUUUGUGUACCCCGAGGAGUCCCAGGUGAAUGGGAGCUCGACCCUGUUCAGUGCUCUGCUCACCAAGUGUCUGGAGAAGGAAGUCGUGGCACUGUGCAGAUACACCCCCCGCCAGAAUGUCCCCCCUCAUUUUGUGGCCUUGAUGCCACAGGAAGAGGAGCUGGAUGACCAGAAAGUUCAGGUGACUCCCCCAGGCUUCCAGCUUGUCUUCCUACCCUAUGCCGACGAUAAACGGAAGGUGCCCUUUACUGAAAAAGUCCUUGCAAACCCGGAGCAGGUAGACAAGAUGAAGGCCAUUGUUCAGAAGCUCCGCUUCAAGUACCGAAGCGACAGCUUUGAGAACCCAGUACUGCAGCAGCACUUCAGGAACCUGGAGGCCUUGGCUUUGGAUUUGAUGGAGCCCGAACAGGCGGAAGACCUGACCUUACCCAAAGUUGAGGCCAUGGAUAAAAGACUGGGCUCCCUGGUGAAAGAGUUCAAGGAACUUGUCUAUCCACCAGGUUACGACCCCGAGGGCAAGGUUGCCAAGCGGAAACAAGACAGUGAAAGUCCUGGAAGCAAAAAGCCCAAGGUGGAGUUAUCUGAAGAGGAGCUGAAGGCCCACGUCAACAAGGGCACCCUGGGCAAGCUCACCGUGCCCAUGCUGAAGGAAGCCUGCAGGACAUUCGGGCUGAAGGGCGGGCUGAAGAAGCAGGAGCUGCUGGACAUGCUCACCAAGCACCUCCAAGACUGACCGGAGACCCCAUGGCUGGCCACCUGGUUUGGUUCUCCAGCAGUUAAAAAACGUCGCUCACGCACUUGACAGAAGCCAAGGACGUGCCCCCCAUCCCCUUUGCUGUGCUUUCCUCUGCUGUCUGAAUAAAGAGCUCUAAUUUUGUCCUGUGUACUGCUU